AUGCCAGCGAAUGCAAGACUGCCGCCAUGGCUCAAGUUCCUUGACAAGGCCGGUUUUGACUGCAUCUCGCUGGGCCAUCGUGCACUCAACCAUUCCCAUCUAGACGUCCGGGUUAUAUACUUUGGAGCGGGCUCGCUCGCGUGCGCCCUGUCGGCGAAACUCGCUAAACAGGCGAUCAGACAGGAAAGGCCUGUCAAUGGGAGGAAAGUGUCAUACGGUAUGCCAAGCACGCAUGCCUCCGCCUGCACGUUCUUCGCCACGUAUGCUGCACUCGCGAGCAUUUAUCUUCCUGUUCAUCCACGAAUACACCCACUGCUGGCCACGCAUGCACCCUUCGUGAUGAUCCCAUGGGCAACGCUUAUCGUACUCUCUCGUGUCUGGCUUGGUCACCACACCUACCCCCAGGUCGCUGCAGGAGUGACGUUUGGCAUCUGCUUUGCGAGUAUAUGGUUGAGACUGUGGGUGGAAAACGUCGGCGGGGUGAGGGCGCUGGGUGGGGAACUUGAGAGAUGGGUAGUUACUAUGAUUCAUGUCACGCUGGAUUGCCUGCAGUCUUUCGCAUUGUACGAUGAACAACAGCCUGCGAAGAGCAGCGGCAUACAGCCACCGGUGACGCCGAGGACCCGUGUGUCGUAUGUCAACUCACCCUCCACCACGCCAUCCAUAUCCUCCAACAUUCCGUUUGAUUGGGAAGCGGCGCGCUCAAGACGGCCUCCACCCUAUGGCACUCCCUUCAAUGGGAAACGAAAAGCUCGGAUGAGCAAUAUCGGUACGGCAGCAGCCACUCCAAAGAGGGUCGUCCGCAAGAAAGGGUUUGUCGAGCGUAUGAAGGAUAUUCCCUCCCGAAUCAUGUUUGAAGUCUCGCUCUUUCCAUACAACAUACCCUUGCCCGCCCCGAAGACCAGCGGGUGGCUCAUUGGGUUGUCCAUGCAUUUCUUGCAUCUUUGUGUGCGCGUGGCUCGCAUCCGUGCCACGUCCGAGUCGGAUGUAGGCUGGGAAGACCUUUACUGGGAACGCAGCCAACAGAGCUGGUUCGACUGGACUAUCCCGACGACGUGUCUCUUGUUGAUCGCAUCCACGUUGAAUGUUAUGCACUUGUUUACGGAAACGCGAACAUACCGACUCCAUAUGCGUUCCAGGGCUGAUCCCGUGUCAUCUCCCCAUACGACUUUUGUUUCAUCGCCGCAACAAGAACCACCGGUGACGGAGGAUGAGGCGGUUCCGCGAUCGACGUUUAUGCAGCGGAUCCUGGGGUUGAUUGGAUCGAUGAUGUUGAUUUUGUGGCGCGCGUUCGUAUAUCUGGUGCGGUUCUUGUUGGGGAUAUCUUCUACCAGUCCGUCGAUGUCUUCGCCGCCUCGUGGCGCGCCGGCAGAGCAGAUUCCAACAACUCGAGGUAUGGACGCCGGGAGAGCUGGAGCGCACCUUGUUCGCCGUCUAUUCGCCUGCACACGCACUUCCUGUGGAUCUGCACUGAUGGCGUAUGAGGCGCUGGUGAAAGACCGAGCCAUUUUGGCAGCCGAGGUCAUGCACGAGUACAAUGAAGGAUUUGUGCAUCCUCGAAUCAACCCUGUGCGGCGCGACGUGGCUGUCAUGACCCACCAGGCCGAGAUGGUGAUUACAUAA